AAGUUGCGAUUGACAAACAAGGACAAUAAAAAAGACAUGUAACUUUUUGUUAUUUUUCAGUGUAUAUAUAUUGAUAUCUAAGAUAACGAGAUACCUAAAAUGGACUUGAGGUACCCUAUUAAUAAAUAUGGGAAGAUUCUCGUUUGGAUUUGCUCUCAGACGAGUCCACUUGGUUUUAAUGAUCUUUCAGCAGAAGAGAAAAAAGGAAGUAAGAUACUGAUGACAGAAGAAGCCACUGGUUGCAAACGAGACAUUGAUUUGAAACAAAUCAGAAAUUUUUUCGACAAGGAAGGAAACUUUGAUACACAAAUUGAAGUUAAACAGCAAAUAAGAGCAUCAUUUGAAGAGUUCAAAUCUGAGCUGAAAAAACUAGACAAAGAACAGCCAAAACCCAAACGUGAGCUGGAAAACCUAGGCCAAGAAGCGCCGCUUGAGUACCAAUGUUUUGUUUUUGUCUUUUUGACAUACAGUAAGCCUCAACAUGUAGGGGAAUACAGUGAAGAGUUGCUGCAUUUCGACCACAGAUCUAUGGCAGAAGGGCUUGUCCCACAGGCAAAACUCAUCGAUGAAGUGAAAAAUCUAGAUGUAACAAAAGGGAAGCCAAAAAUCUUUCUUAUCCAAGCGGAUGAUUUAAGUCUUCUCAAAGAUAAGGUGACAUAUUUAGCCAUACCGGACUAUGAGACACCAAAAGUCAUUAAAAUACCAACAGAUGCUGAUCAGCUCAUCAUAAAAUCCACUAUUCCUCAGAGAAUUGCCAACAAACAUGAUGCUGCUACUCCAUCGUUUUUGAUUCAAGCAUUUUUGGAAGCAAUGAAAAAUAAAAAAGAAAAGGAAGAUCUUUUCACGUUGACGACAACUAUUAACAGACACGUUGCACGCCGUAUUACUGAAUCUGAAGACAAGAGGGCAGCUGAUAUGCAUGUUCCUUUGGUUACAUCUACACUCACAAAAUUAUUGUUUCUAUGAGCUAAUACUGCCCCCGAACAUGUCAUAAGCUGGUAUCCGACCAUAGUCCAAAUAUUAUGGACGUAGAUAUUAGACGGCAAGUUUACAAAGCUGGCUGACUAAAUUCAAACAAACUUUUGCUUUGAAAUACCCUUGUUUUGGAGCGAAUUAAUCAACUUAUUAGCUUCUUUGAGUAUAUCAUAACAAUUUACAUGAAGAAAAUCAUGAAUAAAUGACAUCAACUCAGCACCAUAACUCUGUGGGGUAAAAAGAUAACUUCAUUUCUUUCACAUGUGAAUUAAACAAUAGUUUACUCCAUCAUCUGACCAUUUUGUUCUCUACAACCCUCCUUAUUGUUAUUUUUUUUUCGUGUUUUUUUUUUUUAUUUUUCGUGUUUUUUUAUCCGUAUACAUGUAUACAUUUGUCAUUUUUGGAUUAAUUCUUUCCGUAAAAAAUCUUAGUAUUUUUUCACAAAUGUUUCCUAGGGGUUAUUUUAUAUACAUGUACAGGUUAUAUAUAAAAUGCUUAUUCAAUAUAAAACG